AAUCUCAGCGACUUUUUCCCCUGGAUGACCAGGUUCGACAUUCAACGGGUCAGGAGAGAUAUGGAGGCUGUGGUCCAAUACAUGAGCAAUAUUCUGGACGAUGUCUUAGCCGAACAUAAGUUGUUGUCCGAGGCGGCUGAUGAUCAUGGCCAUGGGAGAGAGGACAAGGACAAGGACAAGGACAAGGAUUUUCUGCAGAUCCUCUCCGAGCUGCAGGGUGAGGCCAAAUCUGAACUGUCAGGCAUCGGCCUGCCACAGCUUAAGUCCAUGAUACAGGACAUUAUACUAGGAGGGACCGACACUACCACGACGACCGUGGAGCUGGCGAUGGCGGAGAUGCUGAGGAACCCCCGACUCUUGAGCAAGGCACAGGCGGAAGUGUCCGAGGUUGUCGGGGCGGACAGCAUAGUGGAGGAGCACCACCUGCCCAAACUGCACUAUAUACAAGCAGUGAUCAAGGAGGUGCUACGGUUGCACCCACCGGCGCCGCUCCUGGUGCCGCGGCGGCCCAGCGAGGCGGCGACGGUGGGGGGGUACACCGUCCCUGCCAACUCCAAGAUCAUAAUCAACGCCUGGGACAUCCACAGGGACCCCUCCCAUUGGGACAGCCCUUUGGAGUUCAGACCGGAGAGAUUCCUGCCGGAUGGAGGCGCUGAAAAGUGUGACUACACCGGCAACGUCUUCCACUACAUCCCCUUCGGUUCGGGGAGGAGGAUCUGCCCCGCCGUCCCCCUGGCCGAGCGAAUGAUGGCCUACUUCUUGGCUUCCCUGCUGCACUCCUUCGAUUGGAACCUCCCUCCAGGCCAGGACACCAUUGAUAUGUCCGUCCAUGUCGGGAUUGUCUUGAGGAAGAAAGUUCCACUGCGCCUCAUACCAACUCCCAGGUUGUCCCACCCACACUUGUAUUGCUAAAUGUUCCCAAUCCCAUUAAGUAAGUAAGUAAGUAAGUGCGUGCAAUCAGUGUAUAAUUCCGAAUAAAAUUGAGCCCCAAAUGAUCUGAAUUACAAACUACUGCUAUAAAAUAAAUAAAUAAAAAAAAU